AUGUCUGACGACGAAGAUGAAGACAUAAUCGUGCUCCAAGUUUGCGCCAACAAGCGGUGUUUAGGUAUAGAAGACCUUGAAUUCGAUGAGGAGAGUGGCGAAAUGUACUGCGUGAAUUGUCGUGAGCUUUAUGCCCGCGCAGAGAAGGAAGGUUUCCGGCUGCUUCUAAACGAUGAGGAACUGCCUUUGAUAGCCAUGAUUUUUAAUUGCUUUGACGGGGGCAAGGGCUACUGGACGUACGAGGACUUUGACCGGUUUCGGGGACGCACAGACCACUCCAAUGAGGCUGCUAUUGACAGCCACGAGGCCCUGCGAGACUUCUUCAAGGAGGAGUAUGACAUUGAGAUCCCCAAGGAAGUGACAGGGGAGUACGUAGUACGUAAAGAGAACUUGGAAGACAUGUAUGGCGGUUAUCUUUAUAAUAACCUAAAUGCGCUUAAUGCGGACUGUGAUUCGUUGGAGGAGGCCGGAAUGAUACACACGGCAACGCUGGAAUGA